AUGGAGUCGAGUCCGAAACGGCGCAGGAUGUCCAAGGAUGGCGCGACCUUGACGAAGACGGACCUGACGUUCAAUUCCGAAGCGGCGGCGCAGAUCGCAACGGCGAGUACGUUUGUUCUUGGGGCGGAGGAGCUCCUUCGGGAUGUGCAGGUGGAUUAUAAGAAAGUUCUGGGGGACGUGGACAAGGUGCUUUUUAGGUUGAGGGAGGUGAUUGAGGGGAUUGAAGGACAUGAGGCGAUUUCGAUUCCCGAAGCUACGAAACGGAUCGAAAAGAAGCACAAGAUCGUCAUUCCCUGGCCGUUGCCCAAACCCAGUCCCGACGCCCCCUACAAAUUCGCCUACGCGAAACCAUCCCAAUACAACGUCGUCGGCAGCUACGUCUCGCGCACGAUGAUCAAAGGCCAGCCCCGCCACGGCGUCGACAUGGUGAUCGAGAUGCCCAAGGAGCUAUUCCAGGAGAAGGAUUACCAGAAGAUGCGGUACUUUUAUCGACGAGCGUAUUAUCUCGCCAACGUCGCGGCGGGGAUCAAGAGGGAGCUUGGCGGGGAGAUGGAACUGUCGUUUGAAUAUCUCAAUGAUUGCCAGUUCCUGCCGGUGCUGGUGUUGACUCCGGUCGAUAAGAGUACGAGGGGAGUUGUACGGGUCAUUCCGUGCGCGCCGUCUGGGCUCUUCAAAAAGUCGAAGCUGCUGCCGUCGUGCAACUGCAACCAGAGGGGAUCAUCGCAAGACCGGCCCAAGGAUAAACUCCCGGGCACCCCGUUCUACAAUUCUACGCUGAAGGCGGAGGAUACUUUCAUACCAUAUCUCCAGGUUCUCACGCUUGCGAGGAACGAAUGCCCGUCCUUCGAUAAGGCCUGCAUCCUUGGUCGCGUGUGGCUUCAGCAGCGAGGCUUUGGGAGUUUGGUAUCAUCGGGCGGGUUUGGCCACUUUGAGUGGUCCAUUAUGAUCGCUCUUCUCCUACAGAUGGGCGGUCGGAAAGGUCAAGCAGCUCUAUCUUCUUCGCUCAGCAGCACCGCGCUGUUCAAGGCGGCGGUGCAAUUCAUCGCUUCUACGGAUUUUAUUUCGAAGCCGUUCCUUUUCAGCUCGUAUAAGCUCGGUGCGGAUGCCGUGAAGGAGGAUGGCCCUGUCAUGUUUGAUCCGGUCCGACAGCUCAAUAUUCUUCACAAGAUGACCCCUUGGUCUGCAACUUUACUCCGGAUGCACGCCAAGUCUACUCUGGACUUGCUUAGCAGGCCUCUAGAGGACCAGUUCGAGCCGACGUUUAUCGCAAAGGCCGACCUUCCUCGACAAAUGUUCGAUACUCUGGCGGAGAUAACAGUUGACCCUGCUGAAGUAGAUCUGGAUCUCGGCGGGGACCUCGGCCUGGUUAGGUUCCAAGCUACUCGAGUGUACAAUGUAUUGCACGAGGCGUUUGCUGAUAGAGCAAAACUUGUGCACGUCCAGUGGGACCAACCACCGCCCUGGCCUGUGAACGCGGCCGUGCCGGUCUCCGGGGAUAAAAUUAGCUACAUUCGCAUUGGUAUUAGUUUCGAUCCGGUCCACAUGGGCCGCACGAUGGAGUAUGGCCCUCCAGCAGAGGAGCAAGUUGAAGCUACUAAAUUCCGGAAGUUCUGGGGUCCCAAGGCUGAGUUAAGGCGCUUCCAGGACGGUCGGAUUCUCGAGUGUGUUCCCUGGGAAGGUAGCGGGCCAUUUACUCUCUGCCGAAAUAUCAUGAACUACAUUCUCGUGCACCAUUUGGGACGCGGGGCUAUCCCGCGGGUUCUGAGCACGGGUGUCGAGGAUAUAGGCCCGCCCAUCUCUCAAGUGGCCGUCUUCAACAAGGUCCUCGAAAUAUUCCGGGACUUGGAGAAGACGAUCCGCGAGCUGGAGGGCAUGCCGUUGCAAAUACGGCGGUUCUCCCCAAUCUCUACACAAGCACGGUACGCCUCGAGCUCUGAGCAGGACUUGGCAUCUCCGCAUUUCCCAGCGCUGGAGGUUGUCCUCUUCUUCGAGACGUCGAACCGCUGGCCGGAGAACCUCGUUGCCGUCCAAGAAACCAAGCUAGAGCUUCUCCUCGACAUCGCCCAGCGGCUCCAGGAGACCUCGAGCAGCAUCGAGACGUAUCUCGGUCGGGACAACGUGGAGCUCGGCAUCGAAAAUCUGGGCUACUUGGAUGUAGUUCCGGUGGCGCCCAUCACGAUCAGGAUACGCGUCCACAGCGAUAUGGAACGGACACUACUCGAGCGACAGGCAGCUAACAUCACCUUCAGCCCUACGAUCCGAGCCGAAGCCGAACAAGCCCUCGAAAAGUUCAAGUGGCAGUACGAGAUCCUCCCGCUGCACUGCCAGAUCGUGUCGACGUUCUGCACGCGCUUCCCGGCGCUCCAGGCGACUAUCAACAUCGUCAAGUACUGGUUCGAGAGCCAGAUGCUGUCGUCGCACUUUAGCACGCAGCUCAUUGAGGUGAUUGUGCUCUACGUCUUCUUGCAGCCGCAACCUUACAGGGUACCGAGCUCGGUGUCUACGGGUCUCAUGCAGGUGCUUUUGUUCCUGUCGCGCUGGGAUUGGCGGGACGAACCCCUCGUCGUGGACUACGAUAGCCACAACAUUUCGGCUUCGGAGCGAUCGGCCAUGUACAAGAAGCUGGAGGAAUGGCGGAAGAGGGAUGGAAACAUGAAGAGCCACGUCCUCUUCGUCGCGACUUCGCACGAAAAGUCCGGCGAGGCGUACACUAGGUACGGAGGACCGUCGAGGAUGGCGGCCAUGCGAAUGACUGUGCUAGCCAAGGCCGCCACAAAGCUCGUGAGACAACAACAGGACUUUUCAGCCCGCUCACUCUUCCAGCGCUCGCUCGAAGUCUACGAUGUCGUGCUCCACCUCUCCGAGAAGGAACUGAACCGGGUGCUCCGCGCGGCCGGUAGUAGUAGCGCCGUCGCCGCCAAACCCUCCAAAUUCAAGAACCUUGAGCAUGCAUCCGGCCUCGCGGCGAUGCCCGUGGCGACAUGGCCGAUUGAAAGGUUCGUCGAAGUGCUGAGGGACGUAUACGAAGAGACGCUGGAAUUCUUCUACGGCGACCCGCGGAACCAUAAAAAGGCGGCGAUUGGGGCCGUGUGGAAACGGCGAUCGGGUGGUCAGCAAAAGUUUCGGGUCGGGCUGCCGUAUAAUUUUCGACAGGCCGAUCCGUCCUCGGAUAAGGUGGUGGUAGAUCGGACGGGCAUCUUGGCGGAGAUUGCGAGGAUCGGAGGGAGCCUGAUUUCUGAGGUUGAGGAGACUUCGAUACCGGAGGAUGUGGGGAUGGAUUGA